AUAUACUAUGGGAUAUACAAAUAUUUGGCCGUGAUGUAAAAUAAAAAGUAAAACGUGAAGGAAUAGACAAUUGUCUCAAGAUAAAAUAAAACUACAUUGUCUAUGUAUAACCUAAAUUUAAAGCUCCUAACAUUUCGGCAAACGGAGUAAACUUUUUAUUUCUUUAUUAAAAUGUCGUUGAUAGCAAAUUAUCUAACAAGAACUAGUGUUUAUUCAAAUUUGCGUCUAAUAUUACCAAGUAGGACUAUAUAUGUUACCCAAGUCACAAACCUCUAUUCGCCUCACGCAUUAGGCAUCGAUGGCUUUUUGCAAACAAGGAAAAAGGCCAAGGAACAGUUUACGAAUUAUUCUGAAAAGUUUAGAUCUAAGAUGAAUGAAUUCGUCAGCAGCAAAGACACUAUGAUAUUUACAGAAGACUUAAAAAAUAUGUUACAUUUGGCAGAGCCUACUGACUUAAAUCUAAUUUUGAAUAUGAUCAAAAAGUUUAAUUCUCAAAAUAGUGAGCUAAGAUUCGGUUCAUAUGUGUUUGGACCAGUUGUGAUGAGAAUGUUUCAUUUCUUGGAUGCACCUAAAGAGGCUUUAGCGUGCUUCUAUGACCCAAAAAAUGAUGGUUUCUUUGACCAGCUUGUGUCAUACCACAUUCUAUUAGAUUUGCUCUACAGUCAUGAAAUGUACGAUGAAAUGUACAAAGUUUUUGAAAGGGCUCAGAACAAACAAAUAAACAUGACAAAGUUCCCUAAAUACUGUGUGGUAAUGGUACUGGCAGCAUGUUAUAAACAAAACACACCAAAGAGUUUGGAGUAUGCUUCAAAGCUAUGGUCAGAUAUGGCCAGUGCUGGUACCGUGCCAGUUAGAAGAGCAUGCACAUUUUUCGCUGCAUUGGCUUUGAAACAGGGAGCGCCACAUAUAGCCAUGGAAUCAGUAUCGUCCCAAAGACAACAUUAUGUAACUAUUAGGAACAUAAAGGUAAUGGCGCUAGCAGACAUGGGCAGAGUAGAAGACACAUUGCCAAUUUUGAGAUCAGUCUUGGACAUUGACAGCCCAACGCAGAGGGAUAGACACACAUUCUUUGAAGAAACUAUGGAUAGAGUACAAAAAGCGGCAGAAAAAGGUGGAAAUAAAGACGUACUGAAGCAGUUUGAAGACAUCAGAAAAGCUUUGAAGGAUAGAGGCCUUAUUGACGGUAGCAAGACCAUUGAUCUGCUGCUGAAUACUGAGAUAGAGAAACCACAGCCCGGACAGUUACCUGGUGGUCAACAACAGUUUCAGUACAAGAGAGUGCAACUUGGACCUCGCAAGAAACGAAUUGUCUAGUAUUUGCAGUAAUUUUGUGUCCAUUUUCACUGACAUCCCUACUUAACAUCGACUACUUAAAGAGUUCUAGCUAAAUAUAAGCUGCGAUUUACAUACCCUGUUAAAAGAGGUUGAUGCCUCCUCCAUAGGUAAAUGGGCUAUCUAGCACUAAAAUAAUUAUUUUAAUAGGACCAGACCUUCCUGCAAUACACGGAAGCAUAAAAGAGCCUUGAAAUUGAUAUCCUUAAAUCCUAGUUUUUUUACACCUAACGUUUAGGUACUACUGAAAAGGCUUAGGGGAUGUCUUUGAAAAUGGGCACAAGUUAUUCUAAAAGAAAAAGUAGCUUGUUAUUAGUCAAAUUAUUGGUUUGUUUUGUACAUAUUUAGAUGUUAUACAAUUGUAUGAAUGAAUUGCCAUGUGUAAAAAUCUAUGGUCUUACUAUGAACUUCUGUUGCCAUAUUUCAAAUUAAUUAGUACGCAUUUUGUCUAUGCCCUAAGAAAUUAUCGCACCAUUGCCACCAGUUGCAUUGAUGGUUCUUAUUUAAUGGGUUACAUGCCUACCUUAUGAAUUUAUAGUGUAGGAAUAAGAUCAUUCCACUAUUUUGUGGUCGUAUCAUUUUCAAAAUACACAUUUAGUUGUAAGGUGAAAAAGAUCAACCACAAAACUAUGAACUAUAAAGUUAGUAAAUAGGGUUUAAAUGGUCAAAUUUUCAUCAUAAAUUCUGUGGUAAUAAGAGUUCAUGGUAAGUUCUCAGAUUUAUGUGUAUAAAUAAAACGUAACUUUAUAUUUUGUUAACCUGGAUGUGUGUUGUGUCCAUGCCGAAGAAACGAUAAAUUAAAAGUUGGCUAAAAAGUA